GCGAAAGAAACUGUCAAGGAAUUUUUCAACACAACUAAUUUUAAAAUAACAAUAGUUAUAGUUACUAAAAUUUCCAUUAUUGUUAAAUAAUUUAAAAUUGCUUUAAUAUUAUUUAAAAUCUCGAUCUUGUCUAUUACAUUGCGCGCGGAAACAAGAUGGCGACGUCUGUGAUGCGCACGGGAUGGCGUGCAUCGGGAGGAACGUUGAAAUCCUUAUCAACAUACCCAAAAACCUUGCUAAAUGCACAUGUUUACCCCAAUGCGCCGAACUCAAUUAUUAUUCACACACAAAAACGAUCCUUAUUCGUUCUCCCUUUCGGUAUGGAUGUGGGUAUACUGGGCUUUUCCGCCUAUUAUUUGACUAGGCUGAGGAAACCUGAGCCGGAAAAUGUGACCAGUAUAUUCGGGCCUGAGCCUUGGGGUAAGGAAAGUAUGCAGAACCCAGAGAAAGUUGUCCGUUGUAUCGCUCAUAGAGGCGCAGGAUUAGACGCCCCUGAAAACACUAUGGAGGCCUUCAAGUAUUGUGUAGAAAGAGAAUGCAAUAUCGUAGAACUUGACGUCAGAACGUCCAGAGACGGCAAGCUGGUACUCCUUCAUGACCAAGGCUUGGAAAGGCUGACCGGCACAGAUAUAGCUAACGUGCAUCUCAUGGACUGGGAUAAGAUCAAGGAUAUCGAUGUGGGUGCUACUCAUCCUAAUAGGAAACAGUUUCCCGACGUACGUCUAUGUCUGCUGGAUGAAGCUCUAGACUACUUAUUAGCUAAUAAUGUCAAGGUCAUCAUUGAUGUCAAGGGUGAAGAUAAACAGGUAGUAGCAGGUAUAUUGAAUUGCUUCUCCACAAGACCAACGUUGUACCAAAAUGCCGCAGUCACCUGUUUCAAUCCAUUCGUAUUAUAUCAGAUACGUAGGAACGACCCCCAGAUAGUGGGAGCUCUCAGUUACCGGCCGUACUGCUUCAGCUCGCAAGAGUAUGACGCGGAACGAGGUCCUAACAAUCCUAGAUUCGCCGACAACCUCGCCCUACACAGCGUAUUACGCUUUGCGGACAUGAUACACUCGCUACUGUGGCGCUGGUCGGCGCGCUGGUGCGCUGUCAGCGCCGUGCUGCUGCACAAGGAUAUCGUGAGCCCGAGUGAAAUCCAAUACUGGCGAUGGCUCGGCGUCCGCUGCGCCGGGUGGUGCGUCAACCGGCCGUUAGAGAAGUUGUACUGGCGCGGUGUGCUUAAAGCGCCCUACCUUGCGAAUACGCUGCUCGGAGAACCUGAUGUCGAGAAAAAGACAACAGAGAAGGACAGUUACAGCAAUUUGGACCGCCCCGGUCCGCUAGUAGACAAACUACUUGAGCCCGAACGAAAGAUGUCGUCCGGACAGAAUUAAUUGAUAUUUAUUUAUUUAAAUAAUAAAUAAAAUAAAAAAAAACGAACAAAAUGACCGAUAUAUGCGUGGUUCUGCGGU